UCUGUACAAAGAUAAAAUGAUCAGGACACAUUUCUUCCUAUUUUCCGCACUGACCAUGUGCACCAGCCCUGCUGAGGAAAUCUUUCAGCCAACUCUAGUGCUGGACAUGGCUAAAGUCCUACUGGAUAACUACUGCUAUCCUGAAAACCUAGUGGGAAUGCAAGAAGCUAUUGAACAAGCAAUCAAGAGUGGGGAGAUCCUGGACAUCUCAGAUCCAAAACUGCUGGCCAGUGUCUUGACAGCUGGAGUGCAGGGUGCUCUUAAUGACCCAAGGCUGGUGAUUUCCUAUGAGCCAUCAUCGCAUAAGGGUCCCAGACAAGAAGCUGAGUCUUCCCCAACUCGUGAGCAGCUGCUGAGUCUUAUUGAGCAUGUGGUCAUGUAUGACAAGCUGGAGGGCAACGUUGGCUACCUGAGGAUUGAUUAUAUCAUAGGACAAGAAGCUGUGGAGAAAGUUGGAGCUUUUCUAGUGGACAAAGUGUGGAAGACACUGAUAAAGACAUCUGCCCUGGUGAUAGAUCUUCGUCACAGCACUGGGGGUCAGAUUUCUGGUCUCCCCUUUAUCAUCUCAUACUUGCAUGAAGCAGACAAGAUGUUGCAUAUUGAGACUGUAUACAAUCGGCCCUCCAACACCACCACAGAGAUAUGGACACUGCCAAAGGUGCUGGGAGAGAGGUAUGGCAAAGACAAGGAUGUAAUUGUUUUGAUCAGCCGCCAUACCACAGGAGUGGCUGAAGAUGUGGCUUACAUCCUCAAACACAUGAACAGGGCUAUCACUGUCGGGGAGAAGACAGCUGGGGGCUCACUGGAUAUCCAGAAGCUGCGAAUUGGCCUCUCCAAUUUCUAUAUGAUGAUUCCUGUGUCACGAUCUGUGAGCCCUUUGAGUGGGGGUGGACAGAGCUGGGAGGUGACUGGGGUGGUGCCGUGUGUGGCUACUGAGGCAGAACAAGCCUUGCAAAAAUCCUUGGAUAUCCUGGCAGUGCGCAGAGCAGUGCCUGGCACCCUAAGCCACCUCACAAACAUAAUAAAGGACUACUACAGCUUAGUGGAGCGGGUGCCAGUGCUGCUGCGGCACCUUGCCACCUCUGACUUCUCUUCUGUGCAGUCAGCAGAGGACCUGGCCACCAAGCUCAACAAUGAUAUGCAGAGCUUAUCUGAAGACCCUCGCCUGUUGGUUCGAGUCAUGAUGCCAGGUGAAGCUGCUGCUCCCCCAGCUGAGAAGCCAAUUGCAGUGGCAGACAACUUACCCAACAAUGAACAACUGCUGCAUGCCUUGGUGGAUACUGUUUUUAAGGUGUCAGUGUUACCAGGCAAUGUUGGCUACAUGCGCUUUGAUGAGUUUGCAGAUGCCUCUGUGCUUGUUAAGCUGGGACCUUACAUUGUCCACAAAGUGUGGGAGCCCCUCCAAAAUACAGAGAACUUGAUUGUGGACCUACGAUACAACCCUGGGGGCCCCUCCUCCUCUGCUGUGCCUGUGCUACUUUCCUAUUUCCAAGAUCCCGCUGCUGGCCCGGUCCAUCUCUUCACAACCUACGACAGGCGCACCAACCACACACAGGAACACAAGAGCCAGGCAGAACUGCUGGGCCAGCCCUAUGGGUCUCAGCGUGGCAUCUACCUGCUCACCAGUCACCACACUGCCACAGCUGCUGAGGAAUUCGCUUACCUCAUGCAGUCCCUGGGUCGUGCUACGCUGAUUGGUGAGAUCACAGCAGGAAGCCUCUCACACACCCGCACCUUCCCUCUGCUGCAGCCUGAGAAGGGAAUAACCCGUGGCCUAACUAUCACAGUUCCUGUUAUCACCUUCAUUGACAACAAUGGAGAAAGCUGGAUGGGUGGAGGAGUUGUGCCUGAUGCCAUAGUGUUGGCUGAGGAUGCACUGGAGAAGGCUGAAGAGGUGCUAGCUUUCCACAAGAACAUGGGAGCACUUCUAGAGGGUACUGGGCAACUCCUAGAGGCUCACUAUGCCAUCCCAGAAGUGGCUGGUAAGGUCAGUGCUAUGCUCAGCACCAAACGGGCUCAAGGAGGUUAUCGAUCAGCAGUAGACUUUGAGACAUUGGCUUCCCAGCUUACCAGUGACUUGCAGGAGGCCUCAGGGGACCAUCGGCUUCAUGUUUUCCACAGCCAUGUUGAACCAACACCAGAAGAACAAGUCCCCAGCAUGAUUCCCAGCCCUGAGGAGCUAACCUACAUCAUUGAGGCACUCUUCAAAAUUGAAGUAUUGCCAGGCAAUGUAGGCUACCUUCGCUUUGAUAUGAUGGCUGAGGCAGAAACAGUGAAAGCCAUUGGGCCCCAGCUGUUGCAGAUGGUAUGGAACAAGCUGGUGGACACAGAUGCCAUGAUUAUUGACAUGAGGUACAACACAGGGGGUUACUCCACUGCCAUCCCCAUACUUUGUUCCUACUUCUUUGAUCCUGAGCCUCAGCAACACCUCUACACUGUCUUUGAUCGUAGUACCUCCCGCAGCACAGAAGUGUGGACUCUCCCCCAAGUCACUGGCAAGAGAUAUGGCUCCCUCAAGGACAUCUACAUCCUAACAAGCCAUAUGAGUGGCUCAGCAGCUGAAGCUUUCACUCGAUCUAUGAAGGAUCUCCACCGGGCCACAGUUAUUGGUGAGCCCACAGUAGGUGGUUCCCUCUCAGUGGGCAUUUAUCGUGUUGGUAACAGUUCUCUAUAUGCCUCCAUCCCCAGCCAAGUGGUGCUCAGCCCAGUCACUGGCAAAGUAUGGAGCGUGUCUGGAGUGGAGCCACACAUCACCGUCCAGGCCAGUGAAGCCAUGGCUGUAGCUCAGCACAUUGCCAACCUGCGUGCCCAGGUGCCACAGAUACUGAAAACUGCGGGCAAGCUUGUGGCAGAUAAUUAUGCCUUUGUGGACAUUGGGACUGCUGUAGCAUCCAACCUCAUCAAGAACAUCAAUAAAGACAGUUAUAAAAGGAUUACUACAGAAGAGGAGCUGGCCAGAAAGGUGACUGCCAACUUGCAAGCUCUUUCUCAUGAUGAGCACCUGAAAUUACUUUACAUCCCUGAACAUGCCAAGGACAGCAUCCCAGGGAUCAUGCCAAAACAGAUGCCUUCCCCAGAAGUAUUUGAAGAUCUGAUUAAAUUUUCAUUCCAUACAAAUGUAUUUGAAAACAACGUCGGCUAUCUGAGAUUUGAUAUGUUUGGAGACUGUGAACUUCUAACCCAGGUGUCCGACCUACUGCUAGAGCAUGUUUGGAAGAAAAUUGUUCACACAGAUGCAUUAAUCAUAGACAUGAGGUACAAUAUUGGAGGCUCCACCACUUCCAUAGCAAUCCUAUGCUCAUACUUCUUUGAUGAAGGACACCAAAUUCUCUUGGACAAAGUUUAUGACAGACCCAGUGACUCAGUAAAGGAAAUAUGGACCCAGCCAGAGCUCAAAGGGGAGAGGUAUGGCUCUCAGAAAGGUCUAAUAAUCCUGACCAGUGAUGUGACAGCUGGGGCUGCUGAAGAGUUUGUGUACAUAAUGAAGAGACUAGGCAGAGCUCUCAUCAUUGGGGAACAGACCAGUGGUGGCUGUCACUCCCCACAGACAUAUCAAGUAGAUGAUACCAACUUCUACAUCAUCAUCCCUACCUCCAGAUCAGUCACUUCUGCAGAAAGCACUUCUUGGGAAGGGAAAGGGGUGCCUCCUCACAUGGAAACACCAGCUGAAGCAGCACUCAUCAAGGCAAAGGAGAUGUUCAGUGCUCACCUGCACAGCUCUAGAUAGCCCAGUGGUGGAAUGUGGCCCUAGUUCUUGGGGAAAGCAAGCUACCUGUCCAAAUGUAAACCCUAGAAAGGAGUGGAAACUUCAUUUCAAUCUCUGUAGUCAGUGAUGGUUCCUUGUACGUAGCUCAAAGAGAAUCCCCUUUCAGCAUGCCCUCUUUUUCACCCAGUUCUCUAGAACCCAUCUCUUUCUGGGUAUGGUUUGGAUACUUGGAAAAUUUGCUGGGAUUUCUGGAUUCCUCUCCAGUGGUCAGAUGUAAAAGUUACAUGUUGUAUUGUGCAGGUUUGGUAAGAUUUAACUCCAAAUCACAGAUUUCCUUCAGUCCUUUAGAAAAUCUUGUCUGUCAGUACUAAAAGCAUGUGAACAACUUCCAAGCAUCUAUGCAAAGAUAGAAAAGGCACUUUGAGAACUGUGUAUAUUCCUAUUCGUACAUGUGAAAGAUGACUUACAGUAGUCUGGAGUCUGCUUUCCAAACUGCAACAGCCAAAUUAAGUCUCUUCUCAAUUUAAUGAUUUAGAUGUACCCAAAGUCCUGGGCAAGUCUCUUAGGCUUGCUCAGAGUCCUGGCGUUUCUUAGUGCAUGCCUGUUUCUCCCCUGGUUUCUGGUAGAGGGAGGAAGAAUGAGCAGGAGAAAGACAGUACUCAACUCUUUCACCCAGGGCUCAGAUCAACUGAUUCAGGGAAAAGAAUCACAUGGUUUUACUUAAGGCUGAAAACAGAUUCAUGCCCUGAAUACAAGAGAAAAGCAGAGAAAUACCCUGUUCAACCUGAUAAGAAGAGCACAUAUUAAGUAAUGGUUUAUUCCAGGGCAACUAACAGAGUUAUUGAGAUGAGCUUAAUCAGUGUACAAUGUUCCUUGUCUUUCUUACAAUUCUUAUCUCACCAUCUGUCUGCAUAAUUAUUUAGGAAUAUAUGCAAUUUGGAUCUCAAUGUUUCUCAUCUCUACAAAAUGCCA